AAGAAGUUUGACGAGCAGGUUAAAUCUCAAAUUUCCACCCUGGUACUUGCCCAUCUGAAGGCGCAAGAAAGGUAGUUCGAGUUCGCUCGUCGCAUUACAGCUUCUUGUACUAGCUUGCUAUGGUCGCAAGAUACAGGAAUACCAACACAACAAAUCUCCUAAAGCAAAAAAAUUAUCAUGCUGCUCUCACUCUUUCUGCACACUGUGACUGUUCUUGAUGCUGUUACUGCCCAGUGCAGUAGUUUCGGGUUCCAUUUUAAGAACAAGUACAGAGUGACACAGCAGUUAUCUUCCCGGUAGGCUCAGGGGGGAGAAAGAAUGGCUUUCCGUUUCGGCGAGACCGAGACCGCCCCUGUGCCAGUCCUUCCGCAGAAAGAGGAUCUCUCGAACCGCAUUUCGAAUGUCGUAGACAGGUACAUCGACUUGCAGCAAAGUGAAGAAAACGAGGACGAGGACGAUGACCUCCGGCAAGAAGAUAACAGUAAGAAUUUUUACCGCCCCGGACGGCCGUCAACGGCAUUUUCAACCGGAGAAGUUACCGCAACAUCAGGAGCAAGUCCGGCGUCAGAACCUCUAGUUGCAUCUUCUCCGCCACUGCGAAAAACAGAGUCGGCCGCGGAAGUGGCAACGCAGCUAUGGCACGAUUUGAAGAACCCGCCUUUCACAGCGGAAAUUGUACCUUCUGCCGCUCCGACGUCCUUGAGUAGGAGCGUGAAAAAUAAAGGUGGUGCUGUGCCGGGACCACGACAGGGAGAUAGGAAUGGAAGGAAAAAGACCAUCGCGGAAUUGGAGUUGUCACUGCAACCCGCACUGGAUAUACCACUUACCAACAUCAGGAACAAGAGUAGCAGCACGAGAAUGAAUAUGCCCGCCUCCUCCUCCUCCUCCCGGGGGCAGGUGAAGUCCGGAGGAAUUAUGGCGGCAGACGGUGGCAGUAGAAACAAAUCCUCUUCCUCCACAUCGGGAUCUGCAAGAAAUAGCGGAGCGCAGAGUUUCCUUUUUGCACCGGAUGCAUCACCCGGUGCCGCAUUCGACAUGGGUCCGGGCAACUCCGUGAUGACACGCAUUCCCUCUGCCUUUCUCCCCAGAGGACGGCAGAAGUCCGGGAAGAUGCAGAUGGUGUCGACCAGUUACACCCCGGUGUUCAAUCUGCGAGACUUGCGGGACCACCCCGACUGGCCACUGGAGCGGCCGGCUUUUACCCUCGAUUUGGUCCGGGAAGACCUCGACAAAUUGCUGCGGGACGCCAAGCAGAAGUUUGGAAGCUUCAACCACGAGCGUCUGGUCCUCCGGGAUGAGCUGCGGCGGGUGGACGAAAAACUCGACCCCUACCUCGCGACCAGCGUGCAAAAAACGUUCGGGCUGAAGCGGGAGGGCAUCAUUCAAGAAGAGUCGUCCGUUGGGCUCUUCUAUCCAGGAAAAAAACUGUGUAAGUGUGAAUUUGUAGGAAGAUCAUCAUCACAAAUUCGCUUUGCAUUACAGGGAAAACCUGUCAUGCGCAGCUAGUACGUGGAAACACCUAUGAAAGUGGCCUAUGACGCACCUCUAGCAUGACAAGUGUAUGCAGUUUAGCGCUUCCUGCAUCACAGACUUACACUUACACAGUUUUUUUCUUGGAUAUCUUCCUCCACCAGAUUUUGUUCUCGGGGGAAAAGGAGGACGUGAUGGACUUGACGGAGACGGAGAGGCUCGCGGUCCUCAAGUUUGCCCGCGGCGUGCACGACUACUGGCGCUCGGUGCAGGAGCGCUGCCGGGUCUUGACCCUGCAGGUGAUGGUCAGUGACAACCUGGUCGAGACGGAGAUGGAACUGGCCGCCGCAACCGUGCAGGAGUCGGAUUUGCAGAUCCUGCUCCACUCCGAAGAACUCCAUUCCUACCCGGCGUCGACGUACAUCGAUCCGCACAAUUUUCCUCCGAAGGCGCACAAGGAGGAGCACGGCGGCAAGUUCACGCCGGCGGAAAUUUCGUACGAGGAGAUGCUGACGACCCGGGCCAACCCGCCGAAUGCGAACUUGUCCUUCCGCAGACACCAAUUUUUGAACGCGUCGGAAGCGCGACAGCGGUGCCAGCGGAAUAUGGCGUUCUCAAACGUUACUUACAUUCUCGACUGUUACAUGAAUUUGUCAUGCAAAACUACCUUGAGCCGGUAGAUGAUCAAGCUGUUUGGCAUGACACAUUUCCGAAGGGCUAAACAGCAUCUAAAUCCGUGCCAAAUCUGUGAUGCGAAAGCAGCAAGCUUUCACCUUUGACUGUUGCGGCUCUUGCAUCACAAAUUCAUGUAACAGUUGAGAAUGUAACGUUUGAGAACGCCAUACGGAAGGUGCACCUGCUCGAGCGGGGGUCCAGUGACCUCAGCGAGUUGCUCCGGUACGUCGCAUAUCAAAUGCAAAAAUGUCUGGGUCUGGAAGAUUGCGAGAUUUGUCAUGCUUGUCUGGCAUGACCAAAAAGUUUGUGAUGCGUGUCAAAGAAGAGACCCUUUUCCCUUUUGCCUGUCAUGCAAAAACGCAGUCUGUGAUGCGAAACACGCAACACAAUAAAGAAGCGCAGACAUUUCUCAUGCUUGGCUGUGCAUUACAGAGCAUUGAUUCACUAUUCCCAGCGCAACAUUACAAGUUUCCAGACCCAGACAUAUUUGCAGUUGAUAUCGCGCUGCACAACACCGUGGUGGAGCCGUCAGUCCUGUACAAACCUUUCGACUUCACCUCAGACCAGGAGUUCAUUCUGGAACGCUACGUGAUAUGGAUGUGUCAGGAUUGAAAUAGUCAGAGUUGAAAUAGUUUGUUAUGCAAAAAAUACAGCCCACAAAGUGCCUGCCUUGCAGAGUAGGCAAGUGAGGCAGAUUGUAAGCCUGUUGAGGGGUAGCAACUGAGCUGCUGAAAUAGCAUGACAAGAGCAGUCUUCUUUGCCGAAACAGCAUGACAAACUGCAUCUCGGCUCUACCCCAAUUUGUCAUGCGCCAGUUGGAAACUGGGUUACAACUGGCAUCCAUUUUAUGCAUGGCAAAUCAUUUCAACUUUGUCGAUUUCAAACCUGACGGCUCCAUACGUGACCGAGGAGCAGCGCGCCCGGGCCGCGGGCGAGCUCCGGCUCUUGCGGCGAAAGGCGGAGGUGUUGAGCCGGAUUUUGGACCUGCAAAACGCGAUGCGGACGGAGUCGACCACCCCCUUGGCCGCCGUGGUGCAAUCGCAGAAAACGCUGAACGAACGGGUCAUGAUCCAGCGAGAGGCCCGCUUCGUGGAGGGAGGUGGGAUUUACAGCCGGACACUUUUGAAAAACGUGGACCAAGACAAGGUCCAGGGGGUGCAGUAUUGUGAGGAAAAAUGUCCCCACCCCAUAGUCAAGAUGGGAAAUCUGCAACACAAAUCCGGAAGUUUUGGGAGUCAGGCAUGACAAGUUCCCCUCUAUAUUGUAGUCCAGUUUCGCAAGGACAGCCGCAUCACAAAGCCAUCUCCUCAUCCUCUUUGCAGAGUCACAAAUUCCAAAACACGAUGGGAAAUGGCUUUCAUGGGGAUGCGCAUUACAAGUCUUCCUGUCUUUGCAAAUCUGCAUGACAACUCUGGGGUGGGGACGUUUUUACUCAGGAUAUGCAGCUGUUGGGCGGGGUGAUGCAGGCCUCGGCGGGGAUAAACCCCUCGAUUGCGCUAUCAUAUGCAAAAACGUCCCCACCCCAUAGUUGUCAUGCAAUUCUGCAUGCCAAAAAAGUUUCUCAUGCGGAGCUCAAUGAGAAGCAUUUUCUACUCGUGUUUUGGAAUUUGCAAUGCUAGAAUCAGCAUGCUAAGCUAGAUCUGCGAUGCUUCUGAACUAGCGAAACAGGAUUUUUACACUCCGCGGACAAAAACUUGUCAUGCCAAACAACCAAAGCUAGUCGAUUUGUCUAGCAGAUUUCCCAUCUUAACUCUGGUGUGGGGACGUUCUUGAUGAGGAUAUGCGCAGUUCCAAGACCCGAGAGAGGACGACAUGGACUUUUCCGCCGCGUCCCUAGCGCGGGGCGGGUUCUACCAGCCCGACCACCGGUACGAAAAGAAGUUCGGGAAAACGAAGCAGAACGCCCCGUCGCCGGACGUCUGCUGGGGCCAGGUGCGCACCGAGGAGGAAAGGCUCGAGAUGGCUAUCAAAUGCAAAAAUGUCUGGGUCUGGAAGAUUGUGAUGCAGAGUCUGCGUCACACAGAAGGUCUGGCAUGCAAGCCCCAGCAACACAGGUUUUGAGCAGGAGGUUUCUCAAUGCCUAAUCCGCAUGAGAAAUCCCUUCUUUCGGAGACCAGAAAAAGGGCUGCUUUUGCUCCCAGUGCAUGACAGAUUUUUUCAUGAUCUAAAAUGCGCAUGACAAGUUGCAUCUUUCCAGACCCAGACAUAUUUGCAUUUGAUAAUGGCGGGGAGAAGACAAGGCAUUGACAUGAUGCGGGCGCUGAACACCGUGAAUUCCAUUCGGAGGAUAUCCUGAGUAAAAACAUCCCCACCCCAUAGUCAAGAUGCGGAAUCUGCUAGACAAAUCAACGAGCUUGGGCUGUUGCGCAUGACAAAUUUGGGCUUGUAAUGUAAUGCUCUUUACGUCGUCCAGCAGCAUCACAAAUCUAGCCUAUGACGCUGAUUGGACUUGGAGCAUUUCAAAUUCCAAAACGCGAUUAGGAAAUGCUUCCCAUGUGUCUCCGCAUGAGAAACAUUUUCCGCAUGCAAAUUUGCAUGACAACUAUGGGGUGGGGGCGUUUUUCCAUAGGAUACAGAAAAGCGGAGACAGAUGAGCUGCUGGACAGAUUUUACAAGUUGAGAAUCAGAGACAGGAAGCGAACCGGGCUGCUGUCCGAUAUCGAGGAGCACCAGUCGGUAUGGAUUGUAAAAAUGUCUGGGUCUGGACGAAGGUUGGAACUUGUAAUGCUAGCAUUCCAUUCCUAGAUACUCUGUAUUGCAUAACCAACAAAAGCAGCAGGCUCUUUUGUCAUGCAAAAACGCAGUUUCUCAUGCGGAUUGCCUAUGCGAAAGCGUUUUGGGAAGUUGUCAUGCCGGACUGCAUUCGGAAGGGUUUUCAUCAUGCACAUUUUAGCAUCACAAGUUUCCAGACCCAGACACUUCUGCAUUUCAUAGUCGGCGCUACUCUCGGACCUGACGGAGCUCGAGGGCCUGUAUGCAAAAGUGCAAAAGUAUCGUACUCGUGGUAAAAAUUGCAGUACAUGCAUUUUUGCAAAUCUUUUGCAUUUUCUUUUCUUAAGGUAAAUCCGUAUUGCACCAAAUUCGAUUUCUCAUGCAGACGAAUUUGUAUGUGCAGGAGUUAGAGUUACUACUAGUGCGAUUAUACUUUUGCAAUGCAUAGCCUAUACUCACGGUUGAUUUUGAAGCUCGACCUGAUAGACGAGGAAGUUGUCAGACUGGAGCGCGGCGGAGCGGAAGACCGGUCGGAACCGGAGCAGCAGGUCCUGAAGCUGCUGGAAGAUGACGAGACGCUGGGCUUCAGCAUGCACCAACGGCAUCUGAGACAGGAGCGGCUGCAGAACUUGAGGACACUUAUCACAUGCAAACACGUCAUCUGGGUCUGGAAACUUGUGAUACUGACUGGCGAGGAAUCACGAGGACGCCACAAAUGACGGCUCAGCAUGACAAGUGUCUGAGUAGAGCUAGGCACUGUCUAUUGAGCAUGACAAACUUUUGUUUUGCAUGACAGAAAAUUGGUGCUUUUGGGUAACGUGAGUGACAGACUUGGCAGUCAUGCUAGCCGAGCAAGACAAACUUGCAUUCUUCCAGACCCAGAAAUAUUUGCGGUGCAUAACCCUGCAGAUCGACUUGAACAAGGAGCGAGAGAAGCUGUUCAAAUUUUGGAUGAUGAAAGAGUCAGAGCUAUCCCGUGUAAAAACGUCCCCACCUCAUAGUCAAGUUGGGAAUCUAGCAACACAAAUCUCCAAGCUUUGCGAGCUGUGCAUGACAAGUCUCCCUCUGCAGUGUAGUGCUGGUUGGCAACGGAAGCCGCACGAGACAGCCAUUUUCUCAUCCGGUUGACAGCAUUACAAAUUCCAAAACACGACUGGAAAUACCUUUCAUGGAGCUGCGCAUUACAAAUGUUCCUGUUAUUGCGCAUUUGGAUUUGCAUGACAACUCUGCGGUAGGGACGUUUUUACUCAGGAUGAGAACUGAGGAAACUGAACUUUGAGAAGCGGAACUUUGUGCAAAUGAUGGAAUCCAAGAACAUCGUCCUCGCGGCGGUGGGGCAAACCACCCAACCCACCACGGACUAUCCAUUGCGAAUAUGCGUGGGUCUGGAAUUUGAAGAACUUGUGAUGCUACUGCAAAUGAUGAACAGACUGCAACAUUAGCAGGUAGGCAUGACAAGUUUUUUCCAUUCCCUGUGUUGCGUAUUCUGUGUGAGAACGAGCAGUGCUCGCACUUUCGCAUUACAAAUCUUGCAAAAAAUUUUCAGACGCGCAGUACAUAUUUGCAAUGCAUACAGACUACGUCUCGAACAUUCUGGGCGCGAACUUUUGGAUGGGGGUGAAGCCGUGAAGUAGAGGACACGAGAAGUCGUAGUUCACAUGAUCACAUAGAACUUACGGUUACGUGCCCCUCUUGCGGUGCUCCUGCUGUUGAUCCUGAGUGUUGAUGUUGAAAUGACCUUUUUAUAGCUGCUACAGUUCCGAGAACAGGAACAUCAAAUAACUGCGACGCCUCGAAGCGUCAGUUCUUCUAGCUUCUGACGAGACGAUGCAGUGCAUUGAAGAUUAAGAAAGGCAGCACACGUGUUGAU